GGGGUCCUGAGGAGAGCACACACCAUACGCUGCGUCACGGUGUGUCCUCACAGCACCAGACCACUACGCACACACGCGCACGCACACACACACGCACUCACAUACGCACACCUGGAGAGAAAUGGCUGAGAAAUCUCUCCAGAACACCCCCCCAUCUCUCUCUGCCAGCGUUUAGUACAGUCUGUGGGUUGAGGGCGAGCAAGAGAGAUACAUAGAGGGAGAGAGAGAGAUGUUUUGAAUGCAGACUGGUUUGGCCUGGAUGCGUUUCUUCUGCGUGAGCUUCUUCAGGUGAGAUACAUCCAGAUAACAGACUGAAAUAAGAUAUGUGUCACAAAGAUGUCCACUCGCGGCUGCCAGGGAUCGGACUCGGUGAUCAAGCCCCUGGACACCAUCCCUGAGGACAGGAAGGUUCGAGUCCAGCGCACUCAGAGUGGCUUCGAGCCCUUCGAAAAGCCAGCCAGCCAAGUGAAGAGAGUGCACUCCGAGAACAAUGCCUGCAUCAACGCUAAGAGCUCGUCCGCGGGGAAGGAGUCUCCCAAACUGCGCCGUCACUCCAGCCCCAGCUCUCCAACCAGCCCCAAAUUUGGAAAGGCAGAUUCCUACGAGAAACUGGAGAAACUGGGAGAGGGUUCAUACGCCACUGUCUACAAAGGGAAGAGCAAGGUUAAUGGGAAGCUGGUGGCUCUAAAAGUGAUCCGCCUGCAGGAGGAGGAGGGGACCCCCUUCACCGCCAUCAGAGAGGCAUCUCUGCUGAAAGGCCUGAAACACACCAACAUUGUGCUGCUUCAUGACAUCAUACACACCAAGGAGACCCUCACGCUCGUCUUUGAGUAUGUGCACACAGAUCUGUGCCAGUACAUGGAUAAGCAUCCUGGCGGUCUCCAUCCAGACAAUGUCAGACUGUUCCUGUUCCAGCUGUUGCGUGGUCUGUCCUACAUCCAUCAGCGCUACAUCCUGCACCGCGACCUCAAACCCCAGAACCUGCUGAUCAGCGACAGCGGAGAGUUGAAACUCGCAGACUUUGGUCUGGCCCGCGCUAAGUCUGUCCCCAGCCACACGUACUCUAACGAAGUGGUCACUCUGUGGUACCGGCCACCAGACGUGCUACUGGGAUCCACCGACUACUCCACCUGUCUGGACAUGUGGGGAGUCGGUUGUAUCUUCAUUGAGAUGAUCCAGGGAGUAGCAGCGUUUCCAGGCACGAAGGAUAUCCAGGACCAACUGGAGAGGAUAUUCCUGGUAUUGGGGACUCCAUCAGAAGAGACCUGGCCAGGUGUUCACUCUCUCCCUCACUUCAAACCAGAUCGCUUUACUGUGUACAGCCCCAAGAAGCUGCGACAGGCCUGGAAUAAGUUGGGCUACAUUGAUCAUGCAGAAGAGCUCGCCUCCAGAUUUCUCCAGUGCUUCCCUAAGAAACGCCUCUCAGCCCAGGCGGCUCUGCAUCACGAAUACUUCAGCCAUCUACCAACCAGACUGUGGGAGCUCCCGGACAUGUCUCCGAUAUUCACAGUGCCGACUGUGAAGCUGCAACCUGAAUCAGGCGACUCCAUCCAGAUCUGCAGCAAAACCAACAGCAAAGGAGGGUCCAGCAGCAGCAGGCACUGACCAGCAGGGGAACAGCCAGGUCGUUGCUGGUGGUUAAUCAGGAUGAAGAGGAGGAGGAUGAAGAGGAGGAGGGCGACCCCUCAUACUCUCUUUAACUGAUUGACGUCUGAGCUGAUGUGACUGUGUGAGUGAGUGAGUUAGAGCGGAGCAUCAGCAGAUUCACUUUCAUUGAUUUUUAUUUGAGAAGUUCUGCAAUGUUUACACACCAUCAAUAACAACAUUGAAGGACUCCAAACUGAUACACACACGUCCAGUCUGUGUAGCUGCCUGUGGACGAAUGUACACUGUGCUGGAAUGGACACAAAACAUCACUCCCCUCCACCCACAGGAGUCUGAUCAGAUCAUGUUUAUAAACUCGUAAAAGACAAAUUACAAAAUUUUUUUCCCAGGUACAACCAGACAGCACUCAGAUCAAACAUUCAGUAAUAUUAAUAAUAAUAAUAAUAAUAAUAAUAAUAAUAACAGUAAAUGCUAAUUUAUACUUCUGCAUCUGCUUAUCUGUGAACGUGUCUAGUAGUCAUGUGCAGACGUUCUUACACGCGUCUACCAGCGUCCACCACUAAGUAUGGAUUUAAAAUCAUUUGAUAGUAUUUUUUUUAUGUAGCAUUACUGCUUCUUUUUUCUCUGUUCCAACUGAUCAGACAUAUGAAAAAAUAAAUCUUGUGAGAUAAUAGUAUUGCAAUAUUACAUUUUUGCCAUAUCGCCCACCUCUAAACAACAAUCAGUUCUUCAUUUCCAAUCAAACAGUAUUAAACAUAAUAUAAAAGCUCUUUAUACACCACAGUCGGUUCUGCUGAUUACAAUCAUCAACUGAUGCUGUUUGAGUAGAAACAGUCCAAAAAGGCUGAAAUAAAGUCUUAAGCCCUAUUUGAGCUGGAUUAGUUGUCAGAGGAGGUCUCUGGUGAUUCUGGUGAAGGUGAUUUGACUGGCCAAUUCAGACGGAAUACAGCAUCUCUGUUAUUUCCGCAAAUCACACCCAAUGGGCUAGCAUUAGGCUAGCAAAGUGAGUUCAUUCAACUCACCAAACGCAGCCCAACAGACAGAAAACACACUGCAUUCUGAGACGAGCUUCCAAAAUAUUUAAUUUUCUGUCUCUUUGUAAUUCAGCCAUCACUAAAACAUUGUGGAUUUCAGUCUUAUCCUUCAUUUGAGAAUUAAGGGUCAAAUCAAGCUCCAUGUUAGCUGUUAGCCUCGUCCUCAGGUCACAAAAAAAGAAAAGCGCUGGUUUCUAUGAAGCUGAAUUCGAAGAAUCCUAUUUACCAGCUUCUUUUCUAGUUGCACCUUAAAUGGUGCAGCAGUAAAGAGUACACCUUAUAAGGUGGAACAAGAAAAUUCCAAUAGGAAGCUGGCAAAUAGGAAGUUAAUUUCAGUUUCUACUACCCAAGUUUUCUUAUUACAUUACUGAGAUGUGGAUUCAAGCAAGACUGCUGCUACUGAGGAGCUCUGAGUUUGUGAGAAUUAAAGGAGGUGAUUCCCUCUGGAAUUUUUCCUUGGCAGACUGUAAAAACUACAGAUAUCAUCAGUAAUCACUCAUGAUGAUACUAAUCCAGCUUGAAUAAGGCUUACGGCUGUGUUCACGUUUCCAGGCUGAAGUGGCACAAAUCCGAUUUUUUCCUUAAUGUGACUCAGAUCUGAUUUUUUCAGAACUGUGUGGACACACACGUAUCAUUUCAAUCCAACCUGAGCCACUUUAGCUACAUACACAUUACAAGCCUUGUUACUCAAAUCUGAUGUUUUGCUCAGAUCUGAUCUCUCUAAUGUGGUUCACACUCAUUUUGGUAAGUGACUGAAAUCUAGUUAUUAAUCGGAAUGAACUGGCGUCCUGAAAUUAAAUUAAAAUCAUUGAUUACAGACGAACUCCCUCACUUUACUGCACGUCCCCAGAUAUUACUAAUCCAACUCCAAUAGGGCUUUAGUGAUUAAGGUGUAAAUGCUACAGAGCUGGUUAUGAGCGUGAAUGGAGUCUGUGAACUUCUUUUCUUCAGUACGGAGAUGUUUCUCCAUCACUUUCAUAUCAGCGUGAUUAGAUUAUUGGACAGUGUGUGUACAUGAGUGACAUCAAUAUGACAUCUCUAAUCUAUAUAGAGGAAAGUUAUGUUUUUGUUAUGACUGCUUCAGACGGGAAAGAAUGAAAGACGGCUACGUUGUGGACAGAUACGUUGUGCAUGUUCACAGAAGUAUAAAUCAGACGUAAGAGAACUGAGGAGGAGCAUGAAGUCUGAUUGUUCAUACACACCUACUGCAGGGACAGAACUAAAGCAAUGAGCUCACACUCACAGCGUUAAUAGUCGCGGUAGUGCAGAUGUCUCGGUGUUCAUCUACAUGUGUGUUUAAGUGUGUUUGUUGAAUACAGGCAAUACACUUACGUUGGUGCUACCUGGCCAGAGGGGGACAGACUGAUGGUCACUUUAACCCUUACAAGUCUAAAGUUAUUACCCUCGCUAUGCUGUUUUGUAACUACUACACUGUAAAAAAAAAAAAAGCCGAAGUACAGAAUCCUCUUUAUGUCUUAAAAUCUGACAGGUCAAGAUGAAAUUUUUCACAAAUUUGUAUUACACAAGCUGAAUUAUCUUAGCUUACAGCAUCUUAUCUCCAGUUAGGAAAUUUUAACCUACCCAAUCAAAGUCGACAAUCAACUGUUGUGUCUGUUGCCUAGCAAUCGCCCAUAUACACACACACACAGCUGAAACGUAAACACAUUAUCAAAUUAAUGUUAAAAUGUGAGCUUCAGCUGCUGUUACUGAUGUAAAAAAGGUCAAACAGAACUAAAGUGUGAAACUGUAAGUAAUGAAUGCUGUUAGAGCACCCCCUGCUGUUUAUAAGAGCGUCGCCGCUCCUCAGUUUCAGUCUCCAUUUCCCAAACGCUUUAGCCGAGCGUGCUAAUGUUAUUCCUCCUAAUAAACAGACACACAUUCAGCUCCGUCUCCACAUUAUUCCACACCAUCACUGUAAUAUUUCAUCAUCAAUACUAACACAUGAAGAUAAUAAGAGGGACAGUGGAGUUCGAGUCUGCAGAGAUUUUUAAAGCACAGAGUUAGAAAAUAGAAACAUCUUAUCUGGAGUUAAUGAUUAGAUUAUGAAGUUAAGCACUGUCAUUCUGGAAUCAUCUACUGUCCUAAAUUCAGUCGUCACAGUGACUAAACAGAUCAGAUUUCAGAGAUGAGAAGUUUCUGUAAUAGAGUUCCAUUGUUUUAAGUUUAAAAAGUUAGGGGAGUGUUGGAAUGAACAGCAGGCAGAAAUGCACAAAAAUUGCACUUCGGCAAGAAAUAAACAUUGUAGCCUCUCGCUCAUUCUGCUUGUGGGUUCUUGUUCCGGUGAAAGUUCUCGAGGGGAACUAGAGCUUCACCAAGCUGCUGCUUUUGUUAGUUUGCUGCUUGUUGAUCUAUUCAUAGUUCUCCUGCGAGUCUUCUGUCCAGCGUCGUCUGCUGAAGCCUGAGCUUUAAAAGAUAUUUAAAAGCUGCAGAUGAACAAGAGCUAAAUUCACGGCUUCUAUCAGAGCGACACACAGCACUGCAGCCCUGCACUGCUACUGAUGGAGAAGUAAACAAUAAUUUAUCACAACUUUGGCAGCUGUUAGUUACAUCAUACCGAUUUGCUUCUGCAUUUUCCAUUAUUUCUGCUUUUCCUUAGCAAAAUGUCAAAAUCAAUACAUGAUAAAUUCUCUCUUCAACUUAGGAACACUAAUGCAGUCUGGACCGAAAGUGUAGAAUCUGCUCUUUCCAUGCAGCUUCUUUGCUUGUUUUGGUGAGACAAGAGUCAGAAACAGUUAAUUUAAAAUUACAGCAUGAUUUUCUUUUUGCUAGUGAUAACUGACACUUCUAAGGGUUAAAGACUGAGUUUCCUCAUCAAUACUGAUGGGUUUUUUGGGGAUUUUUUUUAUUUUGUGGCCCACAAUGAUCCCAAAAAUACUGGUACUGAUUCUAAAAGAGUGGAUGAACAGUGGAUGGUUUGAUCGUAUUCGCUGCUGUUACUGUCUCUUUUCAAACGAUGGGACAGUAAAAUGAGAAUAACUCCAGUGUGUGGCUUUAGGUUCCUCAUUCAUCUGAGUAAUACAGUAAUAAUGAACAUAGCAAUGAAAGGCUCUGUACUGUUUCUGGGUAAGAGAGCGUUCCUGAUUGGGGGUCGUUGACAGUGCACUAAUUCUCUAAUCUGGAAUGAAAUGAGUGUGGAGACACUUGAGGCAGGUUUGCUGUGUUUUUCUUGGAGAGGAAGUGAGGGAUGAAGAAUCUGAAGGGAGAAAAGUGGCUCUUCAGCACUGUGACAUCUGCGAAGUGAAGGGCAUCACGUUUGUACGAUCAUGACAGAAUAAAGGACGAAAUAAAUCCUAAUAAAGAAAUAAAUGUGUACGAAACUCCGCCUGCUGUGGGAGGGGCUUUAGGGCCUGUGGUCAGUCCCACAGUUCCCUGUAAUCGACCUGUUCAGGCUCCGCCCACAAAUGUGUACCUUCAUAGCUGCUGUUGCAAGGUUGGAGCUUCACAGAACGCUGGUAGAAAUUUAAUUCAGCUUAAUGAGAAACUGUAGAACAGACUCGGUUUAUAUCACAACACCUACAUUUAGAGUCAGUUAUUCAUUCAGUUUCUUUUUAGGUUAAAUGCUAUUUUUACCAGCGUUCUGUAAAGCUUGUCCAGGAUUACAACAGCAGCUAUGAAAGAAGACAUUUGUGGGCGGAGCCUGGACAGGACAGUCCUAUUCAUAUGUGAAUAUUUAAUCCUUUUGUAAUCUUUUGUUAUAAAGUGUCUUAGGCUGUACAUACAGAGGGGUAACAGUGUAAAUUGUAAUAGUGACGCUUCAGCUAUCUGCAUCCAGGGUCAGGAAUGUCCCCUUAAUAAACUCAUAUUACUGUAUACUCGUUAAGAAAAGGCUCAGUCCGGCCUGCAUCCUGCUGGACUGACCUCUCCGGCCGCCGUUUCAAAUAGCUUCACUCGCAUAUAUCUAUUUUUCUUUUUUGUAUGAUGCACUGAAAAAUUUUGACGAACAGUCUGAAAGUAUAGAAGUGUUACAGGUCACUUUAUAAACUCUGAAAACCUAGUAGGAUAGUUACUGCAUUAUUUGUUAUUACUUGUAUGUAAUGUUAUUAUGGAACAUGUAAUGUCCUUCUGUAAAUGUUGUUUAUUGUUGUUUUACCUGAAACAAAUAAAGUUUAUUAAUGCGU